AUGCCUCAGCCGCAGCAGCAGCAGCAGCAGCAGCAGCAGCAGCAGGAACCUCUGCUCGAGAACAAAGACAACGACAAACUCUCGGAGAAGCUGCCGGUUUGCUCGAAGGCGGUCUCUAUCCCCAAACCCCACGUGCACCUCCCGUCGGUGGGAAACGUGUCGGUGGAGCAGAAGAAACCUGUGCAAUGGAACACAAGGAAUCUGGGGUUGCGACUGGGCGCGGAUGUCACCUCUGCUGCAAGCGCCUCGGUCUUGAUUGCUCCCAUAAUAACUGUCAUUGACCGAUCCAUAGUUGAGAAGGCUGCGAAUGGCGCCUCCUUCUCGUCCUGCCUCUGGCGAUCCUUGCGUCCCGCGAUCACCCGUCCACAUACGUUCAUUUUCUCCAGGCCGUUCCUGUUGAUCUUCGCCUUGUACUUGUCAACCUACACGACAGCCAACGCCGUUGACACGCUCCACUCGACAGUUGCGUCCAAGCCAGCCUCUACAGUCUCUUCUGGCGCGACCAAGUUCAUUGCGACCUCGUCGGUGAAUAUGAGCGCGUGUGUGUAUAAAGACUCCUGCUUUGCGAGGAUGUUUGGGGCCGCGUCCUCUUCCACGGGGGCAGCCGUUCCCAAGCUCUCUUACAGCCUCUUUGCCGUGCGGGAUAGUUUGACGAUCUUUGCGUCGUUCAAUCUGCCGUCCAUCAUCGCGCCACAACUCGCGAACCUGCCUCUGGAGGUGAGGUCGCGGUUUUCUCGCAUUCUCUCCACGGAGUCGGGCAGGAUGAACACGGCCCAGUUUAUGGCGCCGGCUGCCAUCCAAUUGAUAUCGACUCCGAUCCACCUACUGGGAUUGGAUCUGUACAAUAGACAGGGUCGGUUGGGUUUUAGAGCACGAUAUUCUCGGGUCGUGCGGGACUGGGGCGUCAGUGCUUUUGCUCGGAUGGGAAGGAUCAUUCCCGCGUUUGGCGUUGGUGGUGUCGUCAACGCGAACAUGAGGAGGAAUUUCAUGACGAAAAUCGAAGAGUUAUGA